AUGUUCAGGGCCUGGGUAACGUCGUGUGUCUCAUGCCUCUGGCCCCAGGCGGACCAAGAGAGCCAGAGACCUCAGCCACGACAGCAGAUAGGAGUAGAGCGAGAAAUGGAAAUAUGUCAGAGUCAACCACACCUCGUUCCCCCCAUGAAGCUGGUCUUCUACGGUGACCUGCCCAGCCCAGGAGGUCACGAUCAAUCACGAUCCUCCGCAGCAUUACUACCCCCCUGGGUACAAGAAACCAGGAAUCUGGCGAGUAUGGCAUCGCAGCGGGCGAGUGUCCUCCUUACACGAAAGAAGACUCUGUCCCGGCCAGUCAUCGGUGCACCAACGGACUUUCGCCGGGUCGAACCUAUCGCUCGUCGCCGGUCCUUCCGACCUCUAGAACUCAGUAUUUAUCUACCUGGAAACAGAUUAUCCAAUCUUCCAGAGUUCAGUCAUUUCGAUCUAGAUACACCUGGCCAACUCUCUCCACCCGCAAAAGCACUCAUGUCACCGUUCGAUUCAUCGAGCCAUCUUCGCAGGGACUCUGGUCCAUUCCAACUCUCUCGCAAGCCAGUCGGAUCUGCACCGUCUCGAAGAAGUUCCUUGGCAACUGUCGACUUGCAACUACAGUUAGCACAGAACCAAAGGCAACGACGACAAAGCAUGGAUGCAAUUCUGACAAGUCCACUCAUUCCUCAUUUCUCAAUGGUCAACAUUGCGGAUCGACAUGCAUCUAGCCUUCCAUCUCAAAACAAUCAGCUGGCCACCGACAACGCCAACAUCGAAGAUAGACCCUCCUCUGCUCGCGACUCGGCAGUGCCAACAACCUCAUACACCACCGGCAAAAGACAACCAGGUCAAGCACAGUCCCUUACCCCUACCCCUGCUUCACGCAACCCCACCCUAGCCAUAAUCCAUCAUAGCGCAAAAUCAUCAUCAUCAACCUUCCAAAGUCACAGUCGCAUGCGCACAACCAGCAACUCAACUUCUUCCUCCCGCACUCCUUCAUUAUCAAGCGCGAUCACAGCGGCCACAACCAUUUUCCCUUCUGACAAGGAAAUUGAAGCCCCAUACACUACUACCCUCCCAAUGAUCCCAGCCAGUGUCAAGAAUAGCGUUGUCAUGGAAGAGCCUCAUGUCGUAGACGAGCAGCAUGCUCUCUCCGCAAGAGGGGAAGGAUAUGAAUUUGAUCGGAGAUUUCCUUUAAGUCCGGUUGGGGUUGCGUUCUGA